AUAUUAAUUUGAAGAGAAUCCUUUGUUAGUAUCUCAUUUACAUAUUUAGCUAACUAAGCUAGCUAAUUGGCAGGUGACAGACAGGUCUCAGUCAGUCUGUUUUCAGCAAAGAUGAUUUGUGUUCUUGAAGGAAAUGGUGUUAAAGUGUUCGGUAAGGCCGUUCACGCCUUGUCCCGCAUCGGAGAAACGCUGUGGUUGGAUCCAGGGGUCAAAGGGCUGGCGCUGAGGUCCGUGAACGCGGCGCACUCUGCGUACGGCUGCUUCCUCUUCUCGCCGCUGUUCUUCCAUACGUUCAGCCUGGCUCCAGCGUCGGGGCGGCGCGGCGAGGCGCCGCAGUGCGAGCUGCUCACCAAGUCUCUGCUGCCGCUCUUUCGGUGUUUGACUUCCAUUGAGCGCAACGUGGAGCGAUGUAGGAUAUCGAUCGGCGAUCGCAGUGAUCAGGUGGAAAUCCAGUUUUUUUGCAGACACGGUAUCACCAAGACACACAGCCUUCGUUUCCAGGAGAGUGAGGCUCUGCAGGCGGUGUUUGCCUCACACCUCUGUCCAAAUGUGCUGAAGGCACCUGCCAGGCUCCUUAGUGACAUGGUACUACAUUUCCCAGUGUCCCAGGAAGAAAUAACUCUGUCCACAACACAUUUGAAAGUCGGCCUUAGAAAUUACUCAGAGGGGGGAAAUGAUCGUAGGAAGAUGAUGUGCACACAGAUGUUCCUACAUCCCGAUGAGUUUGACUCCCUUCAAAUUGGAGUGGACUCGGACAUAACAUUCUGUCUAAAGGAGUUGAGGGGUUUCCUCUCGUUUGCAGAGUCACACUUCCUGCAAGUGUCCAUCCGCUUCGGCGCUGCUGGGAAGCCCGUGUGUUUCUCUGUGGAGGACAUGGUCCUGGAGGCCACCGUGGUGCUGGCAACUCUGAUAGACUCCGAUAGCUGGGAUUCCUCUCAGCUUAAUGUGGCCGACGCGCCUCCUACCGCCAGGUGUGCAGAUGCUGCUGAGCUACCUGUGGAUUUACAUAAUGCAGACAGCAGCAAUGCUGCUGAUAUGACGGAGUGGGUAGCGUCCAGUCAGGGCAGCCCUACAAUGCAUCCACCUAGUCUGAUGCAGCUUCUGCCUCAGAUUUAUGAGCCCGACACACUCCACGCACCUGACAAGGCUUGUGACCGUGCCAGCGCCACUCCUGCGUCCACAACGAUUUGCUCCCUUCUGUUCAGGGCUUUGUCUUCAGAGCUGGAUGAUGGCGGCUGCACCUCUAGGCUGCCUGUUCUGGCAUGCUACAGCGACAUGGAGGAGGACAUGGAGGACCUUUCAAAAAUCCCUUCACCCUAAGCACUCAUUCCACAUCAUAACAUUUACCAACACACACUGUUGUCAGUAUAACUUUCAUGUGCUCUGUGUUUCCACACGAAAUGUAUUUAUAUACAAAGUUUUGUGCAGUAGCCAUGGUAUUUGAAGAGCUGACUGUUCGUUUCUGUGUUGCUCAACUUUUAAUGGUAACUUUUUCAUAUGCCAGAUGUGAAACGUGAGAAGACACACAAGCAUCCUACAAGGCUAAGCGAUACGUAGAGUUGACUAUGAUAAGAAGCCGUAGCGGACUAUUCUCAUCUGAUUCCAAGUGUGUGUUUAUGUUCAUCACACACACACCAGAGACAACGGAAUAAUAAAUACUAUAGUCUUUAUUUAAAUAUGAUA